AUGACAGCCAACGAUUCAGGACAUAUUAAUAAUCUUAAUGAAAAUCAAAAAGAAAAUUUAAAAGAAUUUUGGAAAAUUCUUCUUGAAUACAUCGAAAAUGAGGAUGAUCAGUUGAAAAAGAUAUUAUUUCUUUUAUUUGGAUUAGAUAAUCCAGAUGUAAUUUUAUUAAGAUUUCUUCGGGCAAGAAAAUGGGAUAUUCAUGCAGCUCUCGAACAAUUUAUUCAAACAAUACAAUGGAGAAUUGAAGUUAAUAUUGAAGAUAUUCUUCUUUAUGGAGAAAAUCAUAUUGAAUUCGAAGAAAUUUUGAGUGGAAAGACUUUUUUCAUUUGUUCAGACAAAUUUGGUCGACCAAUUAAUUAUGUUUCUGUUAAAGAUCAUAUCAAAGGACAAUUUCCAUCAGAAUCAACCGAAAAAUUAACAAUUCUUUCAAUGGAAACAGGAAGAAAAUUAUUAAAAUAUCCAAAUGAAUCUGUUACUGUAAUUUUCGAUAUGGAUGGAUUUGCAAUGAAAAAUAUGGAUUAUCAUCAUGUCAAAUUUCUCAUCAAUUUACUUCAAAAUUAUUAUCCCGAAUCUCUUGGUCUUGGACUUGUUCUUAAUGCACCUUGGAUAUUUAAUAGUUGUUGGUAUUUAAUUAAAUCUUGGUUAGAUCCUGUUGUUCAACAAAAAAUUCAUUUCAUUAAAAAUCUUCAAGAUUUAAAUCAAUUUAUUGAUCGAAAUUCUUUACCAAAACGAUUAAAUGGAGAUUUACCAGAAUUUCAAUAUAUUCCACCAAAUGAACAAGAAAAACAAAUGUUAGCGAUAAUUCAUCAAGAUUCUUGUGGUAAAUUGAAAGCAAAAGAAGAUCAUUAUCAAUCAGGAUUAAAAUAUCUUGAAAUAACUUCAAAAUGGAUUGAAAAUAAAUCAAAUGAUAAUGAAAGAAAACAAAGUGAAGAAGAAUUACGAUCUUCAUAUGAAAAACUUCUUCCAUAUAUUUCAUCGUUAACUCAUUAUCAUCGAAAUGGUUAUAUUAAUGAGCCGAUCUAUAAUCAAACUUAUGAAUUUAUUCAAAAAACAAAUCAAGAGAAAACAACUUUUUUUUAG